AUGGCCCAACCGAGAGGAGUCAACAGCCUGCAGUUCAACCAGGACCAGAGUAAGACAAGAGUAGCCUACUUUGUGAAGACAGACAGAGAUCUGUAGGAGAGUACGUUACUUUAGUCAGUCUUACUCUUGUUUCAGACCGUGUACAUUUAUCAGUGUACCUCCCCCCUCCCCAGGUUGUUUCUGUUGUGCCAUGGAAACCGGUGUCAGGAUCUACAAUGUGGAGCCUCUUAUGGAGAAGGGACACCUUGGUGAGUGGAAUUCAGACCUGUGGUAUCAGCUGUUUGUGUGUCUGUAUACUGUGUGUGUGUGUGUGUGUGUGUGAUCAUACUGUGCUUGUCAGACCAUGAGCAGGUGGGUAGUGUGGCCCAGUGUUCAAUGCUGCAUCGCUCCAACCUGCUGGCUGUAGUAGGAGGAGGAGUCAACCCCAAGUUCUCUGAGAUCUCAGGUGAGUGGAUGAGCGGACCACAUAUUUUUUAAAUUACUGAUUACACUUGAAUUUCCGAACAACUAAGGGUGUUGAAACGCGGGGAUAAACUUUACACAUGCACAGAUACUCUGAAUGACUGUGAGAGCAAAAUCUUGCGGUGCUGGUCAUGGCAAUGUCGUAUUGCUGAGUCUCAGUUUAAAUUGUGGCAGUGACUUGGACUGAUUGCAUUUAGAUUUUAGAACAUUUUUGAUAAUGAUUCUCAUGUAUUGUUUUCAUGUCAUUCAAAACCUAAUGCAUUGUUUUAAUCCUAGUGUUGAUCUGGGAUGAUGCUCGGGAGGGGAGGGACCCCAAGGACAAGCUGGUGCUGGAGUUUACCUUCACCAAGCCUGUUCUGGCCGUACACAUGAGACACGACAAGUGAGUGACUAUCUGAACGUUUAGUAACAUUCUCCUGAACAAGCCUCAACUCCCCAUAGAGCACCCUGUAGUGUGCUGUUUGUAGUUGUUUUACUAACCCUUCUCUCCCUCUGCUUUCUUUCACUCCAACCUCUCCCCUCACUUACUCUAUCUCCUAUCUCUCUCUACCCCUUCUUUCUCAGGAUCAUCAUUGUGUUAAAGAACAGGAUCUAUGUCUACAGUUUCCCUGACAACCCUGUGAAACUGUUUGAGUUUGACACCAGAGACAACCCUAAAGGUACAAAUACACACACAUGGAUAUGUUUAUCUGAUAGAUGUAUGGAUUUCCCCCCCCCUCUCACUCUCUCUCUGUCAGGACUGUGUGACCUGUGCCCCAGUCUGGAGAAACAGCUGCUGGUCUUCCCUGGACAUAAGUGUGGAAGUCUACAGCUUGUGGUAAUUCAUCCAUUUCAUUUAAAAGUUCAUUGCAUGGUACUAUACUAUGUUGGAUUAUAAACUGUUCAUAAGCACACCUUCACAUGUCAUUUCAUUGACUUAUGGAUUCCUAGUGUUGAAGACUAUCUGCCCUCCCAUAUCAAAUGCAUUAAAUCACAACUUUAGAGACUCUUUCGAAACUGCGCUGUGUGUGUUGAUAAUUCUUCACAUUACCAAUGAGGUCCCAGUCAGUGUUGAACUCUCUCUCUCCUCUGUGUCCCUCUAUCCGCUCCAGGACCUGUCCAACACCAAGCCUGGCACAUCGUCUGCCCCCUUCACCAUCAACGCCCACCAGAGUGAGAUCGCCUGCCUGGCGCUCAACCAGCCUGGCAGCGUGGCAGCCUCGGCCUCCCGCAAGGGCACCCUCAUCAGACUGUUUGAUACUACCACCAGAGACAAACUAGUGGAGCUACGCAGAGGAACGGACCCUGCUACACUCUACUGGUACUGGGGGAGAGAGAGAGGAAGGAAGUAGGGGGAGAUGGAAGUGAUGCUGAGUGUGUCAACGCUUCUCUUUCUCUCUCUGUCUGUCUCGCUCUCUCUUCCAGCAUCAACUUCAGUCAUGACUCUUCGUUCCUGUGUGCCUCCAGUGACAAAGGCACUGUUCACAUCUUCGCUCUCAAAGAUACUAAACUCAACAGACGCUCCGCGUAAGAUGCACGCAUGUGUGUGUUUGCGUGUGUUUGAGAGAGAGUUUCUCAGUGUAUUAAUUUGUGCAUGUACAGUGGGGAGAACAAGUAUUUGAUACACUGCCGAUUUUGCAGGUUUUCCUACUUACAAAGCAUGUAGAGGUCUGUAAUUUUUAUCAUAGGUACACUUCAACUGUGAGAGACAGAAUCUAAAACAAAAAUCCAGAAAAUCACAUUGUAUGAUUUUUAAGUAAUUCAUUUGCAUUUUAUUGCAUGACAUACGUAUUUGAUACAUCAGAAAAGAAGAACUUAAUAUUUGGUACAGAAACCUUUGUUUGCAAUUACAGAGAUCAUACGUUUCCUGUAGGUCUUGACCAGGUUUGCACACACUGCAGCAGGGAUUUUGUCCCACUCCUCUAUACAGACCUUCUCCAGAUCCUUCAGGUUUCGGGGCUGUCGCUGGGCAAUACGGACUUUCAGCUCCCUCCAAAGAUGUUCUAUUGGUUUCAGGUCUGGAGACUGGCUAGGCCACUCCAGGACCUUGAGAUGCUUCUUACGGAGCCACUCCUUAGUUGCCCUGGCUGUGUGUUUCGGGUCGUUGUCAUGCUGGAAGACCCAGCCACGACCGAUCUUCAAUGCUCUUACUGAGGGAAGGAGGUUGUUGGCCAAGAUCUCGGGAUACAUGGCCCCAUCCAUCCUCCCCUCAAUACGGUGCAGUCGUCCUGUCCCCUUUGCAGAAAAGCAUCCCCAAAGAAUGAUGUUUCCACCUCCAUGCUUCAUGGUUGGGAUGGUGUUCUUGGGGUUGUACUCAUCCUUCUUAUUCCUCCAAACACGGCGAGUGGAGUUUAGUCCAAAAAGCUCUAUUUUUGUCUCAUCAGACCACAUGACCUUCUCCCAUUCCUCCUCUGGAUCAUCCAGAUGGUCAUUGGCAAACUUCAGACGGGCCUGGACAUGCGCUGGCUUGAGCAGGGGGACCUUGCGUGCGCUGCAGGAUUUUAAUCCAUGACGGCGUAGUGUGUUACUAAUGGUUUUCUUUGAGACUGUGGUCCCAGCUCUCUUCAGGUCAUUGACCAUGUCCUGCCGUGUAGUUCUGGGCUGAUCCCUCACCUUCCUCAUGAUCAUUGAUGCCCCACGAGGUGAGAUCUUGCAUGGAGCCCCAGACCGAGGGUGAGUGACCGUCAUCUUGAACUUCUUCCAUUUUCUAAUAAUUGCGCCAACAGUUGUUGCCUUCUCACCAAGCUGGUUGCCUAUUGUCUUGUAGCCCAUCCCAGCCUUGUACAGGUCUACAAUUUUAUCCCUGAUGUGUUUACACAGCUCUCUGGUCUUGGCCAUUGUGGAGAGGUUGGAGUCUGUUUGAUUGAGUGUGUGGACAGGUGUCUUUUAUACAGGUAACCUGUUCAAACAGGUGCAGUUAAUACAGGUAAUGAGUGGAGAACAGGAGGGCUUCUUAAAGAAAAACUAACAGGUCUGUGAGAGUCGGAAUUCUUACUGGUUGGUAGGUGAUCAAAUACUUAUGUCAUGCAAUAAAAUGCAAAUGAAUUACUUAAAAAUCAUACAAUGUGAUUUUCUGGAUUUUUGUUUUAGAUUCCGUCUCUCACAGUUGAAGUGUACCUAUAAUAAAAAUUACAGAUCUCUACAUGCUUUGUAAGUAGGAAAACCUGCAAAAUCGGCAGUGUAUCAAAUACUUGUUCUCCCCACUGUAUGUGUGUUUGUGUAGCCUGGUUGAAUGUCUUUUUAGCUAACAUUCCAUUUUAGCUAAUAUUCCAAUCCUUGUACUCCGUGUCAUAUGCCAAUGACAGAUGACACAGAAUACAAGGAGUGGAAUUUUAGCUAAAAAGACUGGCAGCCAGGCUAGUGUUUGUGCGUACCUCGAAUCCAAAUUGGACAAUUUACUGUUCAUAGCUUGUUCAUGCCACUAUCUCCCCUCUCUACAGAUUGGCUCGUGUGGGGAAGGUGGGCCCAGUGAUUGGUCAGUAUGUGGACAGCCAGUGGUCAUUGGCCAGUUUCACCGUUCCAGCAGAGUGUGCCUGUAUCUGUGCGUUUGGGAAGAACACCUCCAAAAACGUCAACUCUGUCAUCGGUCAGUCCUCUAAGCAACUAGACAGCAAUGUCUCAUAUCUACCAAUCAAUAUAGUUAUCGUCCUACAUGUAGCUAGAAAAUUAAUUGUACUGUGGGAAUGAACGAUAUACAACAUAUUUAAUUUAUACAAUAAAGCCGUGCAGUGUAAAAUUGUAAUAAUAGUUUUAAACGUGUCCUUUUCUCUGCAUUCCUCCCUUUUCUAGCUAUCUGUGUUGACGGGACGUUCCAUAAAUACGUGUUCACCCCUGAUGGCAACUGUAACCGAGAAGCCUUUGACGUUUACCUGGACAUCUGUGAUGAUGACGACUUCUAA